AAUCGCCUUUAUGCUUUUUAUUAUCUACCUGGUUAUUUUUCCGAAGUGUCAUUAAGAACUAUCACUGCAAUCAAUGCAGGAAGUUGAGCGCCUGCAGUAGUGCAUUGACGCGUCAGGUCACUCGAAGUGCCUACUUGAUAUUGCAAGACAACCACCCCUCUCUUAACUAAAUGUAGCAGUCAGUGUUAGCAAUAACAGACAAACACACCAGAAAAACACUGACAAAUAAAGACCGUCGUUGAGGAGUGAAGCCAGUAAUAAGGGUUGAGCGGCCGCCGACAUUAUUGGAACAUGUUGAUGUUUGUGACGUAGAUAGUGUAUCUGUAAACAAAAUGGCCAAGUUAUCUAGCGAGGAGAGGGCGCUCUUCCCGCUCAGUGAUAUUGAAUCAGUGGUUAAACUUUUUAGACUCCAUUUGGAGAGAAACAGUGAGCCUAACUUGGCGAUAUUGUCUAUAAUCAUCGGGCAUAUUGAGAAUACUCUCACAUGUUCGCGCGUAGUGACUGAACCUCCAGUGGGUUAUGAUUCUGGCAAGUACUCUGAGAACUACCGUACACUGCCUGUGGUAGAGUAUGAAACAGUAGAGGCCCUCCACCACAGGUUUCUGGCAAUUAUCAAAGCUCAUGUGGAUGUGACAGCUUUCGGCACCCCUCGAUAUGCCACCAGAGAACUUGUGAAACGUAUAUCAGACGUGGUGUGGUGUACACUUUCCAGCAGCUACUACAAGGACAGAGCCCACCUACAGUCUAUCUACAGUUAUAUGACAGGUGCCAAAUUAGACAGCUCUGGAACAACGUUAGCAGUAGUAGCAGCGUGUCAGGCACUUGGUUACUACGAUGUUCACUUGGCACUCUCAGAAGAUCAUACGUGGGUGGUGUUUGGAGACAAAGGUCAACACACAGUUGAAGUCACUUGGCAUGGUAAAGGGAAUGAAGACAAAAGAGGUAUACCAGUAACCCAUGAUGUUUAUAGCAAAUCCUGGCUGUAUGUCAAUGGGCAGCCUGUCAUAUGCAACAGACACAUGGAGGUUGCAACAAUAGUCUCUAACAUGAACCCUGGUAUCAACGCCACAACCGACUCUGAGGAAGUAAUGCUCCUACAACAGGCUCUCCUCUGGAUGCUUUAUGAUGCUGGUCAUCUUGCCAAGUACCCCAUGGCUAUUGACAACUUGGGGGACCUGGAGGAGAUGAUGCCAACAAAGGGUCGAUGUCCAGCCACAAAGAUGUAUGAAGAAGCCAUAACCAGUGCAGUCCGCUACUACGAAAAUCAGCAUGUGUACCCGUACACCUACUUAGGGGGGUACUGCUAUAGGAACAAAUUAUACAAACAAGCACUCAAGUAUUGGGCCCGAGCUGCCUCAGUCAUAAGAAAUUAUAAUUACUCAAGAGAUGAUGAAGAAAUCUACAAAGAGUUUUUAGAGAUUGCCAAUGAGCUAAUUCCUCACAUCAUGCGAGUGGUUAGCUCGGGGAUCUCGGCCAGAUCCAUACUGAAGGACCCAGAGUGUUUUGGAUACCUGUUGGAGUUUUAUGAUGGGAUCUGUGAGUGGGAGGAAGGUUCAGCCACCCCAGUGCUACACAUUGGCUGGGCCAAGGCACUCUUCAACACUAUUGCCAAAUUUGAUGCUCACGUCAGGUCUCAUGUCAAGAUAUCCUGCAUAGAUCCUGAUUCCACAGACAUCAGUGAAGUACAAGAAUCCCCAACGCUGGAAAAGACAGCAACAGAGGCCAGAACUUCACAGGAUCAGAAUGGGAACAUGGCUGCUGACUGUAUAAAUAUUGCUGAGGAGGACAUUGAUCCCAGUGAGAUGAUGCACCGUUGGCCACCUGUGAAAUUGGCAUCAGCAAAGAUGCGUGGACUUAGGGACUUAUUGCUUGCUGACAAACUCAAUUCCCAGGCUAUUUCCCUUCAGCUAACAGCACAAUCUCAAGUGACUAUGACGAAAAAGAGAGGAGCAGGCGAACUAGAGACACCACAUGCCGGACGAUCCAAAAGAGCGCGGAGAGAAUAAAGCUAAGGAGUCUACAGAUUAUAUUUUAGAGGUCAUUGUAUGUCAUUAUGAAAAGUUGUACAGUGAAUUAUCAAGGCUGAGGUUGUAGAGUGGAGUAUAAUUUGUAACACUGAGGCCCAGAAAAAUGACUUGGCUAUACCAUAGGGUUUUGGUGUAUUGGGAAAAUUUUAAGUGUAUUGUACUAUGUAAAGGUAAGUUUAUAGUACAUGGGAGUACAGCACUCACAAAGUGAUGUUACCAAACAUGUUCAUGAUGUGAUAUAGUUUUUGAAUAGAAAUUUAAAAAUCUGUUCAAUUUUUCAAGUCAACAGUUUGGUAAACAAAUAAUACAUGAGGCUCCUUUACUUCAUAAAAUAUAUGGUGAUGUCAGCCUGUUUAUGGGUGAGUGACGGAGACACACCGAAAGUGAUGUUUGUGUUCGAGGUAUACUGUAUCUUGUUUUAAAUUUCCUGGGUCAGUUGAUGCCAGAGAGUUCUGCAAAGAAUUAUUUAUAAAAAUCGCUGCUAUCUGAAGGCUGUUUGUCAGUUUUGUCGUUGAGUGUGAUUGAUAAAAUUUUCUUUUAAUUAAAAGAAAAUUGUGUUUCUUAUUUUCUGAAGAAUUGAUGCUUUAGAGUUAGUACUAUAUGGUUAAUAUUUUGUCAGUGUCAAUCAAUGAUUAUGACUAGUAGACCGCCUUUAGAAGACAGCCUGCGAGUGGCUUAAAGUAUAUUUCUAGGUAAUUUUUAAAGGUGAUAUGUGUGUUAUUAUCAACACGCUCAUCAUGCGUUGGGUAGAGUAUCCAUGGUGAUAGUCAAAAUUAGAUUUUAUUUUUAAUGUCUUUACCAAAGUCUUAAAUUUCCUUUUUAUUUGGAAAAUAAUGAUUUUAUACAAAUUUUAUGUAGAGAGUUAGGCGCCAUUUCCUAUAUGAGAAAUGUGCCACAGUUGAUUAAGGAUAGUGAUACUUAUUUAUUUUAAGAAGCUAAAGAGAUGAGUGUCAAGUAGUUUUGUCUGAAUCCAAAGGAAUGGCUAUUAAGCAGUUUUUGUUUGUUGUUCCAAUAGGAAUCAAAGAUUAUUUUUUAAAUAAUGUAUAUGAUUAUUGUUAACUACAUUUAAGUGUAGUAUCUUAUUUUAGCAUAGGUGCCAGAUCAUACAACUAAUGCUUGGAAGAAAUACUGGUGUAGAUUAUUCAAUAUUUCUGUAAAGCACAAAUGAUUCAUCAUUAAUGGCAUUGGUGUCCCAUUGCUGCAUAGUACCGUAUAUACACGUACUACAGUACCAUCCCAAGUAGUCCUAUUGGGAAAUUAUAAAAAUCUACCACGCAUUAAGUAACUCCUCAGUAAUGACACUGCUUCAUUGAGGAUGAAGAGGAGUCGGAUUGCUGUGGCAGCAGUUGGUUCCUGUUGUGCGCAUGGAUCGUAGCGCAGUUGGUGGAGGCUAGUAAAGGGAGGCAAGUUUUAGUACCUCUUCCUAUUUGAUAUUUGUGUCCAGUCUUAGUAGCCUGUGAUGAUUUACACGCAGAAGUUUAUGUGUACGUCAAGUUUCAGGGGAAUUUUAUUGAUUUAAGGUGCUGGUAUAAGUACAAUUGUCUUUGCAAAAAAAUGGUAUUGAUAAGACUAUGUGGUUUCCUAAAUGUUGCUUGCUAGAUAUUAUACUUUUAGAGAUUUAAGCAUGUGUAUGCGAUAAUACACACUGUUAUGUUUGAUUCUAGGAUAUUCUAUUGAUCCUUUAAUACAUGAUGCGUUCAGUUUGCAUUGGGAUGUAGAUUAAUUUAUUUGUAAAUACUGUAACUUUUUCCCUGUUCAUUACUGGCAAUAAUCAUAUCAUAUUUUGUUGAGCAUUUUGAAGUUAAGUUGGCUUCCCCCUGUGAGGGUAUUUUACCUGUAUAUGGAAGGGAAUGAAGCCCCUCCUGGUUGAUUAUCUUUGACGUGCCAGCAACACAGCGGCAACACCCGUAGUACGUAACUGUGAAAUACAGUUAGCCUAUGUGGUCUGCUCACUGGGUUAGACCACCAAACAAGUACCUGAUAAGGCUUAAGUAAAGUUAGGAAAGUGGUUGUGCACCUACUUAUAAUGUUGACACAUGGACACCUCAAGGCUAAUAGUUUGACCUCUCACAGCCAUGGAUGUUAUGAUGUUUAAACAGAAUGCUGUCUCCUGUAGGCCACUGGUAUUAGAUCCCUGAUAGGCAUGUACUCUUACCCAUAGGCUGCCAUGUUACUUUCAGUAUGACCCCAAUUGGUGACUCUUCAUCUUGGUCACAAAGACUAUUAAUUGCCUAGGUAUGUUGUUACCUGUGGAACUCCCAGGUAUCUUGAUACUGGUGACUAAAAGUUUCUUGAGUCAUAUCUGUCGGUGGCAGGUUGUUGCCUACAAGUAAUAGCUGCCAAUUGCAGUCUGUGACCAAUAGUUCACAUCAGUUGGUGUCCUUUAGCUCACAUUUCAUGAUGGAAGAUGGUAGUAUGUGGCCUUCAAGUUACAGCUGUGUGAUGACAGUUGGUCUUUUGUAUUUCAUAUUUUAUGGGGGACAGUUUGUGGCCAUUAGGUCACAUCUACUAAUGGCAGGGUUUUUUUUAUAUUUGGCUCACAUCUGGUUGCAGUUUAUAGCAUUUAGGUCACAUCUUGUGGUGAAAGUUUGUGGUCUCUAGGUCACAUCAGCUAAUGGCAGUUGUUGUCUGUAGUUGGUGACAGUUGAUGUCUGCAGGUCAUGUAUGUUGUUAACAUUAGUUACCUGUAGAUAGAAUCCAUUGUUAACAACUUGUUGUCUGAAGGGUGCAUCUGUUGUCUUUUGGCUUCAUUUGUCAAAAUUAUAGGCUGUAAAGGUUGUGGAUGUUGAUGACGGUACAACCCUGUAGGUGUUGAGUGUUGGUGUCAGUCAUUCGGUCAUGUUGGCCAUUCACAUAGCUGGCAAUACAACCCUCUAAGGCCACAAAUGUUAUGUGUGGUAGGUGUCGCUAUCACCAGCUAUAUGUUACAACAAUUUUUAGGAAGUGCUUUAUAGAAACUUCAUUCACUCAGAUGUGACACUUGAGAAAUCUCUUGAUAUUUUGAUGAUAAUGUUUGCAAAAGAGACAGAACAUGUGCACCCACAAUUAUGUAUUUCUUCUGCAUUGACUUUACAAACCUAGUGUAACAUGCAUGAUAGGUUAGUAUGAGGGUCUUAUAAAUGCAUUGUACCUAUAUGAUAUUAUUGCCUUUUUUUUAUGUGUGUGUAGCCCGUUUGCACAAUAGAAUCAUUGGGCAGGCCUUUCCAACUGAAGGUUCUUAUGUACUUAGACCUCAUAAUAGUUACAGAAAUCACUCCACAUCACAUACAUCAGUGUCAGCUGUUUUCAUUACAGAAAAUAGACCUCAGAAUGGCAUAGCAACUUACAGUUCACUCCAAACCACAGUUUUCUAAGAUGCAGUGAACCGGUGUCUUUGUGAUGAUAGAUGAAAAGUGAUUUUGAUAUUCUUGCUUUCGUGCUUACCAAGUAUAAUAUGCAUGUUUAUCAAAGUUUUACAUCUAUCAAUAAGCAGGACACUGGUAAGAAAAUGAUGAGAAUUAUUAAAAGCAUUAAACAGGUUUGUGUUUAGGCCAGGUGUUCCGUAGCUCUCAUGACUGGGAGGCCUGUGUUAGCCCAGUUACCCUUACUCUGUGCCAGACUUUAUCUCUGUCAUGACCUACAGUAUAUGAUGCUUGAAAAAUCGUCUCAGAUAGUCGCUGUUUGUACCCACAAAACCCAUCUCUGCUAAAUGUUUUCCUUUGAGAGGUAGUGGUUGAGAUCAUUGUUGAUAUAAUGUUGGCUUUGUGUAGAAAAUAAAAUUUCUAUAUCUGCAAAUUUAAGAAAUAUGUAUAUUUACAUCAGCAAAAAUAUUAGUAACAUUGGGAUUUGCUCAUGGUUUGAUCAUUGCUGGAUUAUAACAUUUUAAGAUGGUUUUGAUCCCAUUGUUUUGGGAUAUGAAUGUAUGGUUAGCACAACUGUGCUUGAACAUUUACAAUGUUAUUGCACUAAUGGUUUAUUGCUGCGCUUGGCAUCUACAUUAUAAGCUUAAGUUAUAUGCUAAAAUUAACAUGAUAAGCUUAGGUCAGAUUUUUAACAUAUGCAUCAUAACCUUAGGUCAUAUGCUGAGACUUGCAUUAUCAGCUUAGGUCAAAUGCUGAGACUUGCAUUAUCAGCUUAGGUCAAAUGCUGAGACUUGCAUCUUAAGUUUAGGGCACAUUCAUAGCAAAUUCCCAGUGUUAAAUGCAUAAUAGCUGUACAAUAUGCAGUAUCCCCAUCCUCCCCCCUGUGUCCCUCCCCCACUCAACCACAUGCGUCAAGGCCAUCUUCAGUACUGUGUUGGAAAUAGUCAUUAUCAUAAUAUUUUCUCGAAUUAGACAUUAAGAUCUUCUGAUUUUAUAUUCAUUUCUUGUGCUCCAAGUGUAUUGUUGUAUGUUUGACAAGUAGGAAUACAGUAUUUAAGUUUAAUGACAGUUCUAAUUUUUUUUUUAUUUUUUUUUUAUUUUUACCUGAUUGAUUAUGUACCUUUGUAAAAGAAACAUUCCUAUAUGAAUAGUAUAGUGAAAUGAGCCGGCUUAGAUCUCUGGAGCAUUGGCCCACUGCUGUGUGUCUGUGUGUCACCAGGACCACAGACUCUUCGUUCUCCCUGUCAGUUCACCAGGACCAGGCUCGCUACUUUUGUUACGUCGGUUCACUAGGACCAGGCUCUUCUUUUUUAGUUUUGUCUGUUCUUCAGAAUGAGGCUCCUCUCUUCUUAUGCCUGUUCACAAGAGCCGAACUUCUCUUCUCUCAUGCCAAGUCUGUUCAGCCAGGCCAUGCCACCCUCCUUCCUAGCUGUACCAGACAUGGUCAUUAAGCUAUGUAGUGAUAUUCACCCCAUGAUAUUUUAGUUUCUCUAGAUCUUAUCAUUGUACACAUGCAAGUAUGUUCAUCUUAGCAGUGUUGCUGUAUAUUAUUGAAUAUAAGCCACGCAUCCGGUUAUAUCUUACCAGUACAGUAUACCAAAUCCUCAUUACCCAGUGAUGAUUAAUUAGCAUCUGUAAAUUGAUGCAUUUAAUGGGCCCUUUUAUUCUUCCCCCUCUUCACAUGAAAUAUUGACUUGUUAUUAUUACUUGAUAUACUCAUCACUUGGCUAGUUGAUAUUACCUAUUGAUUGAUGUAUUGGUAGCAGUUGUCUGAAAUGCCAUAUAUUUUUCCAUUCAUUAUAAGGAAUGUUUUUAGCGUUUACUGUGUUUAGUUCUUCAACCUUCGUGAGACAUCACAUAUACUUCUGUCAUCAAUUGUUUUUGUUUUCUUGCUUUGUUUUUCUCAUUGCUAAGUAUUAAUUAUGUCCAGUCUGAGAAAUUAAUUGUAAUAGAUUUCUUCCAUCUUUCAUUUAUCAGUAAAAGAGUCAAAGUUUGCUGUGUUGAUCAAAAGACUUUUAUAACCCAUUCUUGUAAAUCCCCAUGAGUCAUGAAGCCAACAUGAGAAGAUUUGCAGUCAAAAUGGCCUAUUAUAUUAGAAUCUCAAAUUGGAUACAUUUUCUUGUUGGGAGUUUUUGGUAGACUAAGGAUUCAUAACAUUCUCUGUGAAGUAGCUUACCUGACAGACAUUCAUAUUUUUGUCUAAUUAUAUUACUUCCCAAUGUUUAAUUUUUUUUGCAUUCAUAGGUAUCCACUGCAGGAGCAAUCUGUGUGCUAUUUAAUUGCAAGGAAUGGGGCAAGUUCAAAGGAAAUAUAUUUGGUUUAUAUUUUAUUAUUACAGUAUUAUGAUUUAUUCAAAUGGCCAUUACCUAUAUUAGACUACUUGGAGAAUGUGAGAAACAUUGCUGAGUGAUGUAGGUGUUAGGAAUUAUGGUUUGAUGAACACCAAUUUGAGAGUAAUAUUUUAUUUUGUAUUUUGUAUCUGGUGUUUUAUAAUUGUUUAAUUUAUGUUUGCAAACUUUUGCCUGGAGGGCCAGCUUUUUAAUGAGGACAUAUUUAUACUUGAAAUCCAUAGUGAAUUAAUACAUAGUCAACAAUUUCUAAUGCAUAUUUCAUUGUAGGUGAAUUAAGGAUUAUGGUUGUCAGGUCUUGUGGUGAAUCAGGGUCAGUUGACAACAUUAGUAAGACCCCCUUAAAAGUACCUGUGAUUUAAUUGGAUUGAUAGAUUGGUGGCAAAACUCACUUUUUAUAGGAUCAUGAACGAUGGAGCAUAAUAGUUUAGUAGAGCACUGCUUCAACAUUUGAUAGGUUUUUUUAUGAAUUAGUAUUACACUUUUUCUUCCCGUAUAUACCAAGCAAGUUGAUGCAGACAAUCUUUCACAAUUUUUACUGUAUUCAAGCUACAAGCAGAGUAAUGCAGCCUUUGUGUUGGCUUGAGUAUUUCUUAAGGGAAGUCGUAUCUCUCCCACACAGUUUUAAUUAGAAUAUAGUACUUGCAUCUUUUUAAAAAUUCUUAGUGGUGUGCUUGAUAAAUUUUUAGUCAUUAGAUGCAGUAACCAGAAGACACAUAUUCUUAUUGAAAAUCUAAGACACUUAAUAUAAAUUUAUAAGCAUUAACAUUAAUAUAACAUAGCAUAUUAUAGUGGAAAAAUGUUGAUCAUAGUAUAAUAAUUUUGCACUCUAAAUGCAAAGUCAAACUUGAUGUAAAAAAAAAAAUCUAGUUCAUCCACACAAAGUAUACAAGACCUUAUGCCAUGCUCCUGGAAUCAUUAUUUGUCAUAGUCAAAAUCAAGCAUUUACUAUUGUGUUUUAAGAUUUUUAAUCAGCCAUGUUUCAAUGUCCCCAUUCCUAAUACUUUUCAUAAUUGGAACAUUGCAUCAUUGUGUACUGCAGUGGAAGUUUGUUGUCACCAGGCAGCAUUAAUUUAAAUAGGUAUAUACAGUCCAGUUUAUAUAUGUUGCAACUUUAGAGUGAAGGCAGCCACAAGACAUUAGGAAAGCCAUACAUCUCACCCUUACCACUCAGUACUACCUGGGCCAUCCAUUAUCAUCAUCCUUGUAUAUUAUGACCUUACAUCGUCAUCAACACACCUUUAUCUUGUUACCAAUCACGCAUAAUACAGUACUGUCUAUAUCAUAUGUUCCAUUUUACAUUUGUAGUUACAGAAUUCUCCCACAAAAUCAUAGUUUCAGUGUCCAAAUAACACCAAUAUUAGCACCCAUCACAGCAUUUUUUAAAGGUUUUUACUUGUCAUAUAUUAUAGUUUUAGUGAUCAAACAACACCAGUAACUUCACUCAUCACAAAGUUUUUCAAAGGCUUCUGCUUGUGGGUUGGUUGUCUUGUAGAUAUUUUUGCAUCCGUACCAGUUGCAUUUUUUAUUUUUUCAUGUAUAUACAACCCUUGGUACAACAACGUUAAGUCAUGGUGUUUCUACGAACAGUAACGGAUAGAUUUACAAUAUAUAUUAAUAUAUAUCUUUAGGUAAGGUGAAGAAAUAUUAUAUAAACUGAAUUAAAUUUAUAUUUUAAGGGCUUAUAUUCAAUAAAAUGUUGUAGUGCUGUAGAUACAUACAGUGUAUUAGUCUUAUUAGUAUUAAGUCCACACAUGUAAAUGAAUCAGUCUUACUAGUGUUAAGUACACACAUGUAAGUGUACCAGUCUUAUGUGUGUUAAGUACAGGACACAUAUGUAAGUGUAGUAAUCUUACUAGUGUUAAGUACACACAUGUAAGUGUAUCAAUCUUACCAGUGUUAAGUACACACUUGUGUGUAUGUCAGUCUUACCAGUGUUAAGUACACACAUGUAUGUGUAUCAAUCUUUUAAUGUCAAGUACACACAUGUAAGUGUAAUAAGGAGAUGUGUACUUAGUGUUCUUGAAUAUAAUGGGGAAGAAUUUCCCUCCAGUGAUUUCACCUGCAAAACACACACAUUUCCUUAACAUGAGGUUAUUAUAGAGAAAUGAAUUUCAGGCCUGUUUGUUUGUUUUCCAUUUAAAAGAAAAAAUUGGUCACCCAAGUGCAGUCAAAACCUUGGUUUAGCCUGUGCACUACCUAACAUAAGCAGCCAUUAGCCUCCUAUCCAUGGGGACUGUGCUGCAGUCCUCCUCAUGCACCAUAUUUUCAACAUUUCAGUUUGGGUUUUAGGCAGUUGAAGGGAAACUUCUCUUGCCUUUUAGGUACUUAAACUCUUAAAACAAAAAACAGUUAAUUUGGUUGACCGGGUUGAUGUCUAUUCCCUCCUCAGUGUUUUUAGUACAUCAUUCACCUAAAUUUAAAGGGUUUCCUGCUGACCUCUUCCAAGUGAUGGACUAAAGAGUAAAAGCUUCCUAACUAAGGCUGCUUAAGUUGCCUGGCUAGGGUGUUAUGGCUGUGUGUAUAAAUGUAAUAAUACUGACCACCACCACCACCACAAUUGAAAAAACCUGUUGAUAUAUCUGAAUUUGAAAGAUCGGUUUAAUAAUAGAAUUCUGAUUUCUUUUAACUUUAAAUUUGGUUUCACAUUUGAUAAAAAUGCAACAGAAUUUGACAAACAAACAGGUAACUGAUACAUUUCUGGAUCCAGAUUUCUUAAUGCAGAUAACCAGAUAUAUUUAAUUUUUGGUGCAUUCACAGUUUGGUUUACUGAUAAGAUAAAAAGCAAAGAAAUAAGUAAUUCGAUAAAACAGCAUGAAAUGUUGUUCAUUAAAGUAAAAACAUGUCAGACCUUAUUUAAUAUUCAAGAAGUCCCUUUGAAUCCUGGUAUGUGACACACAGGACUGUGGUCACUUCAGUUUAUUGCAACUCUUAUGCAACUAAUGUUAAACACAUCAAAAUGUGAAGAACGGGCCCAAACCUAAUAAAUCAGUGGAGCAUCGUCUCUCCUUGUUAGCUAUAAGGUCCUAUGUUACCUGAUACUUGUGAUUUCUGUGUAUGCAUCUGGAAGACAAAAAGGUCCUCCUGAUCCUUUUCUUGUGAUUGUUAGAAAACUAAUUAACUUAAGCAGAAUUGGCAAUCUUUAGCAGGUGUUAAACAUGCAGCAGUAUUUUAUCUGUCUGAAAUCAUGAUGAAUACAAUCUUUCCAUUAAAAUUAUAUUUUUUAAUAGAUUGUAAAUUAAUGUCACAUAGAUUGAUAAGGUUUGAUGUGUAGAUAAUCAAAAUUUUUGUAAUUGAAUCUCAGGUGCAUGAGAUGCUGCUGGACAGAACAAUUUGUUCUUAGAACACAAUUGCAAUGAAUUACUGUUGAUACAAUUCACCAACAUAAAUUUGGAUUGCAAGUAUGUCAGUGUUAAUUAUGAACAUAAAUUUAUGUGAAUUGUGUGCAGUGAAAUUUUCUGUCCUAAAACAUUGCCAGUGUGAGAAGUUGAUCAGUUUUCCAGCAAGCUCAAGGAGAGGAGUAGACUACAAUCUAAGUCAGUUUCCCUGUAGUGUCUAAUUUAAGGAGCAUUUCCACAGGACCCAGUGAGACCAAAUUAAUAUCUUGAAGAUGGAGUAAAAGAGUAAGUUAAUAAGAAAGCAAAAAUGAUUUUGCCAGAGUAUAUAAAGAUCUGUCAUUUAAGAGUUGAUGAGUAAUUAUGACUACCUGUGAAAAUGUGAAGCUUUUUAUGAUCAAAGAUUAAGGAGAUUGCCAAAAGAUCAUAUAUAUGUCUUGUUAAUUUUUGAUCAAGCUCCCAAAACUAGUGUGUUAUUUGUCAGAUUACCACAGAGUAAGGUAGAAGGUGCAGACAGCCAUUUCGUCUGUGUAUGGCACAAGAGCCACACAGUUAUCCAUGCAGAAUGAAAAAAAAAAAAAUCACUAUAAAAUUCAUUUUCUAAUGAUUUCAUUUACUUCUUGGGUCAGGUUCAAGGUACAGUACUUGUUAAUGGCAUCAGCCACCAAAUCUCCAAUGGCCCUUACUCAUCACAUGUACCCCUCAUUGUUGGCCCCUAUUCUUCAUUGCUGAUACUGGCUAAUUUUAGCAGAUGCUAGCCAUUUUAUACUGGUACACACCAUGAUUUCCAUUGCUACCCCCAUGUGCCAGCCUCUUCAUGCCUUGCUUGUGCCAUACACAGUCAGUUGCUGCUGCUUGCCAAAUAAACAAUAAACUUACUCAGUCUUAAGUUCUUCAAAUCUUCAGAUAUCUUGUGGCUAUUUUUGGUCUCUAGUGUUUAGGUUAGCAAGUAGAGAAUAUUAUGAAUAAAAUUUAUUUUUGUGGCAUAUAAAA